GGACUCCAUGAGAGCAAGGAAGUGGUAGAGCACCAGAAAGAUAGAGGGGAAGAGAAAUCAAGAAAAUGAAGUCGUCCAAAACCACUGAAGUUAUCGUUAGCUAUGCUGAUCUCCAGCCCAUUGGGGAUCUCCAUGGCAUAUUCCGCAGCGGGUCGUUCAUCAACAACAACACCAUGAGGUGCGUGAAGGAGAAAGCAAGCAACUUCUCGAGCUUCAUGAUCUACGCGAGGGAACUGAAGAUCACUUGGGAGCAUGACCCGAGAUACUGGCGCUGGCUUUGGUUGGAAGAGGACCUGAAGGUCGAAGUCGCGGAGCUGUUGAAAGUUUGUUGGCUCGAGGUGCACGGGAGCCUCCCGAUGAGCCUCCUUAACCCUGGGCACAAGUAUGAUGUCAUGUUUGUGAUCAUGAUGAAGGAUGCGUCAGGGUUUGAUCCUAAAGCCACCUUCAAGCUCGAACUACCCGAUGGUGAGGUGAAGCAACAGAAGAUGAGCCUCAAAGCAUUGGCCUCGAAGGAGUGGGUCAUGGUGAAGGCCGGAGACUUUGUGGCCAAAGGCGAAGGGGAGAUCAAGUUCUCAAUGCUCGAUUAUGAGGAACUGAACUGGAAGACUGGACUGAUCAUUUGCGGGGUUCAGAUCAAGCCCAGCACCUGAUCAUGAGUUCUUUCUCAUCCGAAGCUGUUCCGUGGGCCAUAUCAUAUAUGUUGCAAUCUUGUAGUAGUUGGCGUGCUAUCUGAAUUCACGUAAUAUCAAUAAAUAAAUGGAUGACGGCCUUUCUCCAAGUGCUCGUCAUCUUUGUUGUAAUGCCUUCCGCAGGCUUUAAUAUAAUAAAUAAAAUCCUAUCUAUUUGCCGUUUCCUA